AAAAGAGGCGGGUCUUCUCCAGUCACUUUAUUACCAGAACUCUCGCUUUAUACUAACUAAAGCGGCAGAAGGAUCCUACUCUUUUCAACAUGACUACGUACACCAGCAAAGGAGAAAAGCAUGAAAGAGGGGGGUUUGUCAGCUUUGACCAUCUUACAUUCUGGGUGGGCAAUGCUAAGCAGGCUGCUUCUUUCUACUGUAACAAGAUGGGCUUCGAGCCCGUGGGGUAUAAGGGUCUGGAAACGGGCAGCAGGGAGGUGGUGUGCCACGCUGUGAAGCAGGACAAGAUCAUUUUUGUUUUUUCAUCACCACUAAAUCCAGGGAAUGAAGAAAUGGGAGCACACUUAGUGAAGCAUGGGGACGGUGUGAAAGAUGUUGCAUUUACUGUGAAGGACUGUGACUUUCUGGUCCAGAAAGCCAGAGAACGAGGGGCUGUGAUUGUGAAGGAACCCUUUAUAGAGGAAGACAAGCACGGGAAAGUGAAGCUCGCUGUGAUCCAGACAUACGGAGACACGACCCACACUCUUGUGGAGAGGAUGGAUUACAAAGGGCUUUUCCUGCCAGGGUUUGAAGCCCCUCUUUUCCGGGAUCCUCUACUAGACACACUGCCGAGUGGGAAGCUGAAUUUCAUUGACCACGUAGUGGGAAACCAGCCAGACACUGCGCUGGUCCCUGUAGUGGAUUGGUAUGAAAAGAACCUGCUGUUCCACCGUUUCUGGUCUGUUGAUGACAAGCAGCUCCACACAGACUUCAGCGCGCUCCGCUCCGUCGUGGUGGCCAACCACGAGGAGACCAUCAAGAUGCCAAUCAACGAGCCCGCCAUGGGGAAAAGGAAAUCGCAGAUCCAGGAAUAUGUUGAAUAUUACGGAGGCCCAGGAGUCCAGCACAUUGCAAUGAACACCUCAGAUAUCAUCACAGCUAUUAGAAACCUGAAGGAACGUGGGAUGGAGUUCAUGACAGUUCCAGAUACUUAUUAUAAACAGCUGAGGGAGAAGCUCAGAGGAUCAAAAACCAAAAUCAAUGAGGACCUUGAUAUGCUGGAGCAAUUGAAAAUCCUUGUGGAUUUUGACGAAGAAGGUUAUCUCCUCCAGAUCUUCACCAAACCUGUGCAGGACAGACCAACACUAUUUCUGGAGGUGAUCCAGAGAAACAACCACCAGGGCUUUGGAGCGGGAAACUUCAAGUCCUUGUUUGAAGCUAUUGAAGCAGACCAGGAAGCAAGAGGAAACCUCACAAUACUGACUGCGAACGGCCACACAGAGGCUAUAUAGACCAUCCCAUAAGCUACCCCUGAUAACAUUGUUAGCUUUCAUAUUGCCCAUGUACUAUGAAGGGGCAAUUUAGCUGCAAUUUGCUCAUAGGGGAAAACAUAGGCCAUUGAAAUGUAUCUUCUAUUACCCCAAUGUAGCAGCCAUUACUUGCUAGAUUACUGAUACACUAAUCCUUGUUACUGGAAUUGUACUGUUUUACAUUGCAUGCUCAAUAAAGAUGCAAGUUAAAAA